GUUGCGAUGGGUUUGACAGGAAAGCUGCUACUUCCGCUGUUUGGCGUGGUGUUGUUGUGUGGAGCGGUGUUUGGGGGUGACCUGAACUACGACGACAUUAACUCAUUGCCAACGGAAGAGAAACGUCGAAUCAUCCGCGAGCUGCUGCGUGCCCAGCGUGACAUCCGCAGUGCCCUGCUCAAGAUUCAUUACAGCCUCAACGGCGAGGAGUUCGAUGCGGACGGCAGGGAGGAUCCGUACUGGCAAGGAUGCUCGGAUAAGGAGCUUGCUGGCUACAGAGAGUCGAUAGAGACGAAGAUGGGUGCACUGAGCAGCGGUCUUAAGCAGGCCCACAACCUGAUGGACGAGGUGAAUGAUCGCAUCAAGCCGCACUGGUACGGCAAACCGGGCUAUGGCGGGGGUUCGUAUGGUGAGUACGGUCCACCAGGCUACGGUCCAGGAUAUGGGCCUAACUAUGAAGGUGGAUACAGACCAACGGAGCCCGAAACUACCAGCUGGCGACCAACCACAGAGUCGUAUGGUCAUGGAGGAGAUGAUGACGACGAUUAUUAUGCGCGGAAUCGUCCGGUAGGUGGAAACCGCCGAUACGGAAGGGAACUAGACGUGUCCAAGCAGACGGACAGUGAAACAGCACAGGCGCAGGUCAAAGCUGUGGAUCCGAUCGAGGAAAGCGCCGUAAUUGAAGCGCUAGACCAGCUGCCCGAGGCGAAACAGUAG